UGGGAGCCUCUCGCUGCUGCCUCCUGUAGCUCCUCCUCCCGGCCCGGCCAAUGACGCGCAGGGGGCGGUGACUGUCGCUGGGCUAGCAGCGACCGACCGCUCGGCUCGCCGGAGCUCGCCCGCUGCUUGUCCGCUGCUCGCCCGCCGGUGGGAGGGAGGAGAGAAUUCGAACGCUUCCGUGGUUGGCUAUUCGGGGUCCUGGGUUUCGAGCUGCCCCAGUGCGGCUGGCGUUCCUAACGCGCGCACACAUAUCGUUUCUUCUUAAUACUUUCAAAGAAACAGAAUCAUCUUCAAGCUGGCGGGAGCAAUGGUUCAUAUAACGAAAGGCGAGCUGACCCAGGAGGAAAAGGAGCUGCUGGAAGUCAUCGGGAAAGGUACUGUUCAAGAAGCAGGAACACUGUUAGCCAGCAAGAAUGUCCGUGUCAACUGUUUGGAUGAGAAUGGAAUGACUCCUCUAAUGCACGCUGCAUAUAAAGGAAAACUUGAUAUGUGCAGAUUACUUCUGCGACAUGGAGCUGAUGUAAAUUGUCAUCAGCAUGAACAUGGAUACACAGCCCUCAUGUUUGCUGCACUUUCUGGUAACAAAGACAUCACGUGGGUAAUGUUGGAAGCUGGUGCUGAGACAGAUGUUGUCAACUCUGUAGGAAGAACAGCAGCUCAGAUGGCAGCCUUUGUGGGUCAACAUGAUUGUGUGACUAUAAUCAACAAUUUCUUUCCCCGAGAGAGACUGGAUUAUUACACGAAACCCCAGGGACUGGAUAAAGAGCCAAAACUGCCUCCAAAAUUGGCAGGCCCACUGCACAAAAUUAUUACCACGACAAAUCUUCAUCCUGUCAAGAUCGUGAUGCUUAUAAAUGAGAAUCCUCUACUGGCAGAAGAAACAGCUCUGAAUAAAUGCUACAAGGUGAUGGACUUGAUUUGUGAGAAAUGUAUGAAGCAGAGAGACAUGAAUGAAGUGUUGGCUAUGAAAAUGCACUACAUCAGUUGUAUCUUUCAGAAAUGCAUUAACUUUUUAAAAAAUGGAGAGAAUAAACUGGACACUCUCAUCAAAAGCUUGCUAAGAGGCCGAGCUUCUGAUGGCUUUCCGGUAUACCAAGAAAAGAUCAUAAGAGAAAGUAUCUGAAAAUUUCCUUACUGUGAAGCGACACUCCUCCAGCAACUGGUGCGAAGUAUUGCUCCUGUUGAAAUUGGUUCUGAUCCCACUGCAUUCUCUGUACUUACCCAAGCCAUCACUGGUCAGGUGGGUUUUGUGGAUGUUGAAUUUUGCACAACCUGUGGAGAAAAGGGAGCAAGUAAAAGAUGUUCUGUAUGCAAGAUGGUAAUAUACUGCGAUCAAACCUGUCAGAAAACACACUGGUUUGCACAUAAGAAAAUCUGUAAGAAUCUAAAGGACAUUUAUGAAAAACAACAAUUGGAAGCUGCCAAAGAAAAGAGUGAAGAGGAAAACAAUGGCAAACUUGAUGUCAAUUCUAAUUGUAUUAAUGAAGAGCAGCCAGAGGCCGAAACGGGAACUUCCCAAGAGGAUUGUAACCCCAAAGAGUCUGUAGAAGGGGAGGAAGAACGUCCUCAGAGUGAAGUUGGGUUGGAAGGCUUGCAGGAUGCUCCUGCAGGUCCACAGGCAUCUGAGGAGUAAAAGCCAGAGCCAGCACCAGUGUGGAUGGUUCGUACCCUGGCAGGUAGCUGGAAAUCUCAUGCGACUGUAUCCUCACUGCCUCGUGAUACCUGCAUGGCACCAUGGCAGGAUUCCAUGUUUCCUAGAAUAGACGCUUUCAAGCAAAGCUCUGUCUACCAUGCCCUAAUUUCCUUGUGCUCUCUGUACUGUCAUUGGACCGAUACCACAAGGGAAAAAUUUUUAUUUCAAACUAUAGAAGAAACAUUUUUAUUCCCUUUCUGAGGCCAGCUUCCCUGCAAUUGUUCUCAAAGCAAAAUACAUCCCUUAAAGAAGAAAUGAAAUAUAGGCUGUGGGGAACAAAGGACCCAGCAGAAUAGGUGUAGGAGAGAGAUUUUCAGGAAGGAAGGAUUUUUUAGCCACUGAGACGGGUAGUUAAAUGAAUCAUAAUUUAUAUGCGAGUAAGAUGAAUAUAAAUAGCAUUUACAAUAGUGAAGCCCUGCUUAUUAAGAUGAAAUGAAAUGAAGAAAAGUUGUAUGUUACAGGAUCUGUCCCAGUUCAGCCCAUUGUAGUUUUAUAUAGGAAUUAUCCUGAGCAGUCUGAACUUUAUAUAGUUCCUGUGGUGACGUUGUAUAUACAGUAUUUGUACCUUCAGAAAUGUCAAAUCUCCCAGAAGGAAUGAAGGCAUAGCCACAGUUAUCUCAGCAUGUGCUUUAAAAAGGAUAUUUCAUGAAAUGUUUGAUUCAAUAAUGGCUAAACAUAGUGUGUCCACAGUUAUGAAACUAAUUUACGUGCCAUAUUCCACUUGAAAGGCUUUUAUCUUCCUGUAAGCUUUUCAUGUGGCUCUUCCUGUCCAGAAACUGAUUUAUAACUGUCACUUUUAGAAUGUCCCGGCACCAGUUUUUAGCUUACACAGUACCGAAGCAGGCUAAGGUGUGAUAGCCAAAGACAGUGCCGUGUUUCAGAGUUUCUUGUGAUGAUUGUAAAAUAAAUUGUGCCUACUGUAUAACCAACUCUA